CCCUCUCCAUCGUUCUCGACAAGCCAAAGACCUCUGAGAAAGCCUUACUAAUCUCUCGCCGAAUUUCAAUUCCUCGCCUGAGAAAUGAAUAUUCCGGCGAUCAUAUCUUUCAUACCUACAAACAAUGCUCGUCUCCCCGAUCAUCGCAGCCAUGUCUUCCACGAAAAAUCUUAAGCCAAGAAAAGCGAUCUUCGACUAAUUUGCAGUCUAAAACGUAUUCGAUUCUCUCCCUUGAUUUUUUUUCUUGCUUUUCUGCCCAUACUCGGUAGAGCAAGGUAUCCGAUUUUACUUGCAAGAUAGUUUUUGUGGAUUUUAGAUAUUUUUGGCGUUUUUUGUGGCCGGAAUGACUUUUUUUGAUCGGUGUGCGGUGUUCCUCUUGAUAAUUGAGGACUGAUCGGAGAUAAAAGUGUUUGGCUGAAGAGAGUUUUGGCAGCUUUUAUAGAGCAGGCAGAAUGGAAAUGUGCAUGAAUCUGUUUGUGAGAGGGCCGUUGCAUAACUUGCAUUGAUUUCGAGUGUUACUGCGUCGUUUCUGGUUCAUGUAUUUUGUGAAUCAGUCAUUGAAUACUCACUGUGUGUGUCUGUGAAUUUAGACGGGAAUCCAGGUUUUUUAAGCUCUGAAUAAUGGAGCAUAACUGACACUGGCACUUCAACCGAGUAUAAUUAGCAACUUUCAAUUCAUCUCUGACCUUUAACCUUAGGUUUUCGUCACUUUCUUUCAUCGUCUUCAGAGUUAUGCCUUUCCCUAUGAAGAUCCAGCCAAUCGAUUUCGAUCAUCAGCCGCACUUCCUAUCCGAAACGGCUAAACCUGUGUUGAAAUCUCGACUCAAGAGGCUUUUUGACCGGCAAUUUCGAGUUUCCUCGGCUGACAAGCCCGGUGUUGGUGAUCAAACACAGUAUGUCAGAUAUGGAACAGCUACGCAAGAGUUCGAGCCGAGCUCCGUCUGCUUGGCGAGAAUGGUGCAGAACUACAUCGAAGAAAACAACGAGAAGCAGCUUCGUGGCCGAAAUCGCUGCAAUUGUUUCAAUGGAAACGGCAACGACAGCUCAGAUGACGAAUUUGAUGCGUUUGGCGAGGUGAUCAUCGGCGGAUCAUCUGGUGAUGCCUGCGACUUACUCAAGACUUUGAUUCCUUGCCCAAGUGUAGUCGAGAGAAACCUGUUAGCAGAUACUGCGAUGAUCGUAGAGAAGAACAAGAAUCAAAAGCGAAACGACGAUUUGAGAAGGAUCGUAGCCAAUAGCCUCUUCUCUAUCGGUUACGAUUCCUCAAUUUGCAAAUCAAAAUGGAAUAAAUCCCCUUCUUUUCCUGCAGGUGAAUACGAAUAUAUUGAUGUGAUCGUGGAAGGGGAGAGAUUGUUGGUGGACAUUGAUUUUCGAUCGGAGUUUGAAAUAGCCCGAUCGACUGGUUCUUACAAGGGGAUGUUGCAAUUGGUGCCGUAUAUCUUCGUCGGUAAACCGGACCGACUAGGGCAGAUCGUAUCGAUCGUGUCCGAGGCAGCCAAACAGAGCCUCAAGAAGAAGGGAAUGCACUUUCCUCCCUGGAGAAAAGCUGAGUACAUACGUGCCAAAUGGUUGUCUCCCUACACCAGAGCCUCCCAAAACGACGCCGUAGAUGAAAUCCAGAAUUCUUCUUCCUCCGAAAACGAGACCGCCGCCUCCAAGGACACAAAAAUUGAAAUUCAGGGGAGGAAGUGGGCAAGUGAGUGCGGAGAAGUGGACAUGAUAAUAGGAGAGGUAACGGAAACCGAAACCGAAGUGAAAAAUUACUGCGAGUGGCAGCCGCCGGCGGUGAAACCAAGGAAUUGUGAAAGAGGCGCCAGAAUAGUCACCGGAUUGGCUUCUCUUCUCAAAGAGAUACCCUAAAAAAAAUUUUGGAUUUUAUUUUUCAAUUUUCGGGUAUAUUAAAAAAUAGAAUAAUCGGAUAACGGGUACAAACUACAAAGGAAGGAGUGAAGGACACACUCUCUUUUUUCCUUUUUGUGUUUUCCUUUUUUUUUUUUCAAGUGCCCUGUUAGCUGUUACUGUAAUUAAAGAGCAGCAAAAUCGAUUAUCAUGUAAGAAAACAAAUUAAAAUGAUAAAAAUGGCAAAUUAAAAAUCAUUAAAAUGA